GGUUGGUUGACUUGGAACAGACGCUGCUCCCCUCAUGGGACCGUCCUUGGUCUGGGAAUCUCAUUGAGUAAUGGGGGUAAAACCUGAUGGAAGUGCUGUUUCAUGAAUGUGCUCACUUUCAUAUAAAUCAAAGGAUUAACGUGAUUCCUAUCCAUGCUUACUAUGAUCUAGUGUGCCAAUGGCUGUUUAGUGUUUCAUUAACUUACAAGAUUGUACCAAUCAGAAGGUAGUUUAUUUGAAGGAACUCACUUCUUGCUUUUCCUGCCAUUUGUUACUGCGUCAAACAGUAGAAACACUGUCUCUUCAUCUCCUCUGCAUGUGACUGAAAAACUUUAAAAUAUGGCUGAUGGUAGCUUUGGCAGAAAAAACCUAAAAUGCCCUGAAUGUUCUGGUAAUUCCCAACCAGACAGGAUUAAUAUAUGUCGCUGCAAAAGAAAGGAUGGCUCUGAUUCUAUCAUUUCUGUGGUGGAGACAUCUGAAACUUCAGUCACCAACAGUGUAGAGUUUCCACUUACAACAAACAACAACAGAAAUAAAAACUCAAGCACUGAAAACAACACCAUAAAAGAAUCUAUCAACUUUGAACAUACUUUGGAAGAGUCACCAAUCCUCUCUCCACCUCUCUCCAUGUUCCCAUCCCAGUGGUCAUCCCCAAGCUUAUCCCCAUCAGUGAUUUCACAAACAUCUUUCCACCCAAAGGAACAAUUCUCUAGCACUGGAGAGCCCUUAAGAACCUCAGACACAAUUGAGACAUGUAGGAAACUCUCACAACAGCAAUGGAUGCGUUCCAGCUCUGUAGAAGGAAAAAUUCCUCACGUGAGGAUGGAAGAUUGUACUGCUAUACAGCAAAUAUAUUCCUUUGGAAGAAAACUGGGACAAGGGAGCUUUGGAGUGGUCAUUGAAGUCACACACAAGGAAACAAAUCACAAGUGGGCCAUGAAAAAAGUGAACAAAGAAAAGGCUGGAAGCUCUGCUGUGAAAUUACUCGAACAGGAGGUGAACAUCCUGAAAAGUGUGAACCAUGAGCAUAUCAUUCAUCUACAACGAGUAUUUGAAACACCCAAGCGGAUGUACCUUGUGAUGGAACUCUGUGAGGAUGGAGAACUUAAAGGAAUACUGAACAGUAAAGGGCACUUCUCUGAGAAUGAGACAAGGCAGAUCAUUGGGGACCUAGGGUCAGCUAUUGCAUAUCUUCACAAAAAGGAUAUAGUUCAUAGAGACCUAAAGCUGGAAAAUAUUUUGGUUAAAAGCAGAUAUACUAAUGAAAAAAAUGAAACCAACUUUAACAUAAAGGUGACUGAUUUUGGUUUAGCGGUGCAAAAAGAGGGCGGAUAUGAAGCCAUGUUUCAGACGACUUGUGGGACUCCUAUUUAUAUGGCACCUGAAGUGAUCAAUGCCCAUGACUAUAGCCAACAGUGUGACAUCUGGAGCAUAGGUGUCAUUAUGUACAUGCUGUCUCUGUUCUGGGCCCUCGUUCUCUUGUUACACCUUUUCACUUGGGAACUUCAUUCACUUCAAUGGGGCAACACGCUGACUCCUGUUAGACCCACAAAUGUCCUGGAGCUGAUGAAACAAUGGAAGAACCAGCCGGGAAGUGAUGAAGAAGAUGUGGAGGGCCUAAAGGAUGAUCUCGCUACCAAAAUACAUGUGUAUACAAACUUCCAAGUAGAGGAGAAUGUCAAUGAUAAGAAUGUGGCUGAAAAUACAGAUGACAGGAGUGCCAAAUCCCCUCUGCCAGGAAAGCAGGAAUCCCAGGAGGAUCAAAUGAAGGUCAGCAAGAAAAAAAAUAACACGAGUACAUUAACAAAUGGGACAGUGAAGAAGAAAAGUGCAAGCUUGAGGCCCUCUAGUAAUGUCCCUGCUAGUGGAAAAAUGACCAGUCCGCAGCGGAGUAUGGACAAUUCAGAAAACAUGUUCCCUCAGGCUUCCCCAUCCACCAAACCAGUUACACCUUUACCAAAGGGAGAGUUGGAUAAGUCCUCCAUGACCCCAAGCCCAAAAUUGUCACAAAAAAACUACUACAAAACCCCUGCCACAUCUAAAAUCAAAAAGAAAUCAUAAGGUAUCCUUUAUCUCAGUGCAGCACAGGGCCAAGGCUCAGAUUCCUUUUGGCAGAACAAGGGUAUAAGGGACAAAAUGGACAGGGCUACGUUGAGCCUUUUAGCUCUCCUCCCCUCUGUCAGGGCAGAAUUCUCUGUCUGCAUCAGCUUACACCUGAAGCUCUUUCUAAAGCAGCAUGCACCCUGUUAACAAACACUCAUUAACAACAGGGUUGACAGAGCAGAGUUGUCACUGACUAGAGAUAUAUGUAAGUAUUUUUUUAGUCUGAGUCGGAAAGCCCCCUCAUGAGGGUUUCAUGAGCCCUUUUGCUCUGUUUUCACCUAAGAUUCUUAAAUUAAGCCACAAAUAUUUAUAGGGAAAAGGGUGAGAGGGCAGAACUGGUCCCUGGGGAUUCUGCUACUUGUGUGCACUUUGCCCUGGAGGACUUUGCUAGGAAAAUGCUUGUCACUUUGCUCUGGGCAUAGAGCACAAGGUUGUCAGCCUUCACGUGUAUCAUUGUUCUUUUAGGUCAUCUUAGAUUACUUGAAAAACUCAUUUUAAACUUGGAAAAUAGGAGAAGUUGUUUUUUUUUUAACUACCUGCUAUUGUCUUUCUGGUUGUAUUGAGUAAAUCAAUAAAAACAGAUAAUACCCAUUCUAGUUAACUUUUACAUAAAAGAGGAGAGGAUGAACAUAUUGAGGUUGGCUGAGCUUGUGGACAGAUUCUGAACUUGUUCUGCUGCUAAAAAGAGGAUGUCUAUUUUUCUGUGUGCAGAAUUUCUUUGUGGCUAGUCAGUGUAUUGAACUGAGAAACUAUUUCCAGAAGGUUUUGUUUAAUUUCCCUUAGCCUUGUGUCACAAACGUCUUCUAGCCAGCUGGCUGAGGGUUUGCCAUCUGAGUCUGUACCAAACAAUUAGAUGCUUCUGCAGGCCUCUCAGGCUAAUUAGAAAUGGGCCACAAGGAAGAAGCAGUUACUUUUCUCUUCAUCAAGAGUAGUAGCCUGGUUUCAUUCCAAACCCUUCUUAUGAGAUCAUCUCAGAGUCUUCUAGCAGGAGUGAAACCUAGAAGCCAAUGUGAACUUAGGGGGCCUUGUGUAUGUACCCAAUGGCCAGAGGCAAUAAGGUGUUAGUCAUCUGCAGAAUGGGACCUCCUGGCUAUCGAUAGAUCCACUGUCAAAUCUGAUAGGUCUGCCAGUAUCGUUGGUGGCCCCUGGGGCUCUCCUCAGUGAUUGGCCCAUCCAACUUCACCCUAAUGGGCUGAACUUUCCCUUUCAAACUGGAUUUAGUAGAGCCUCCUCCAAAGGCCUUCUGAUCCCUGAUUAGACCACUAGGGGCCCACCAACCCACACACCAUCCCUGUUAGCCUUUAGCCUUUGUUCAGUGCUAAGUGAACCCAUCUUUGAAGAACCAGUUUCUAUUCACCUGAUUAGGAAGGUGGCCUCAUUAGACAAGUGGAGAUCACCCUCAACUAAUAAUACUCAAAGAGGUGUAACCCACCAGUCUUUCAUCUUCCACAUAAAAGUUCCUGUAGGGCACCAACCCUGAUGCCCCAGAGUCUGGCCAGGGCUUUCUGCGGAAAAAAAUAAGGCACAGCCCCAGCUUUGAUUCUGCCUUUGGGUUUUAACUGUCGAUUCCCAGGGCCUGAAAAUGAAGGUUCAAUGCCCUCAUCCUGCUCUUAAUUUUUACAGCAAUCCAGUUUAGAGUCAUGCCCUUCUGAGGAUAGGAAGUGCUGCUGUUAAAUUGGGUACUAUUACUCUUUGGUCUUGAGAAAUUAUUUAUUCCACUCAGUAGGUUUGAGUUGAGGUCUAGACGAAACCAGCUGUUUGAGAAAUAAAGCACUAUUAUACUACAUAAAUUUACAUACGCUUUUCCCUACCCUAGUUCUAUUUAAAGUUGUCUGUCAGUCACACAUAUUUAGCUAAGAUCACACCAUGGGUGAACUCUUCUUUCUAAGAGUUACUUUAAAGUAUCUCUUAAGCAUCUUGGCCAUAUCUUCUUCCUGCCCUGCUAUUAAUAUGCUACCUGCUGUCAGGAUUGCGAACCAACUAUUGCAUUUCAUGUUGGCUUCUGAUGACCAUGAGCCAACUGCUGGUUGCUUUAAUCUUCUCGGCAGCACUUAUAUCCCAUGAAUCCUAGAGCAAGAGAGGCUUUACUGUGUAACAGAGAGGCAUCAUCGGUCAAGGCAAAAAAGUAGGUAUGUCGUCCAGGCCGUGUAAAUGCAGAUCAAACACCAGCUCAGGCAAGAGAUAUAUAGAAGGUUGAGGUCUAGGGUUGGCUGAAGAGGAGAGAAUGAGUGUGACUCAAUUCAGGGAAAGGACAAGUUAGGGAACCAAAAGAAAUCGGAGAAGGGCUUAAACCUAAGCAGAAAUGCAAAGGAAAGGAUAACUGAUGAAGACAACAACCUAUGCUAUGCUCAGGGAAAGAGCCAGAUGACCUCUCAUCGCUUUAAAAGGGUAGUCCCUUCCCAACCAGUACCUGCAGAAGGAGCUUCACGCUGUCCCAGCCAGUUCCAUGUAUGGGCUUUCUUUUGCCUGGAUACAGACAAAUCUAUACAAUGGAAGAUUCCCCAGAGCAGAAAGUGUGGCCAAAUCCUCCAUCCAUUUUAAAAAAAAAAUAUUUCAGUGGUGUGUCUGAAUGAUGAGUACAGCUAAAGCAUCUCUUUGCUUUUGAAAUACUUUAAUAAUUCAAUUUUACUCCAACAUGGAAGCUCCAGGUUAGGUGAAUUCAAGGCAUUUGAUCUUUAAUAUGCAUUUCUACAAGAGGCAAAACUGGUUUGAGAAUCCAGUGUAAGUGCUAUGUUCAGACAUGCUUUCUCUGCAUUAAGUAAAGCUUUGGAAUUGACCGAGGAAGUUUUGUUCUCAAAAACGUCUCUGGAUGGAGAUCGAUAUGUGUCUCUGGAGGGGAGGAAAUGAUUCCUUCUUUCAUACCUUUCCCCUUUAAUACCCUUCCCAUCACUUAUGACAGUGCCUGGGAAACCCCAAGUACAGAAAGGCACCCAAAAGAAUACCUUCUAUGUGUUUAAAUACAGCCUCAAUGUCUCUGGCUUUUUAGAACUAUUCUCCCCAGCCUUGCUUCUAGAAGACAGCCUUAGAGACAGAAGACACUUGAGGACCCUGAUAUAAGUCAUAAGUCACCAGAGAACCAAACCCAGGCCCACCAAGAUACAAAACCCCAAAAUUCAUGAGUGCCACACCCUUGAUGGCAUGUGCUUCAGGUCUUUCUAACUCUGGUCCCUGAGUCAAGAAGAUACCUCACUACCUAAAAGGACACAAUGAGUACCUUUUGGAGCCCCUUUCAGCAGAUGGAGAUGGCCAGGGGGUGGAAGUUGACCAUUACUAUCUCUCCACCUGCAGGAUUUCCACACUGGCCAUUGACCCACUAGGCCAACUUGUGGCUGUGGGGUCCUGUACAGCAAAGAAAGAUAAAGACUUUGAGUUCCUUGUGCUUUUCCUGCAACCCCAAUUCACAAGUGCUAAAGUCAUUUAGAAAAGCAAUUAGUUGGUAAUUCACUGCUCAAAAGGGCUCUCAUAUAGUUAAAUUUUCCCUUUCAGGAUCCUGAAUUCUUUUCAGUAAGCUGUCUUAAGUUUGAUUUUGAUUUCUGUUCAGGAAAUGAUUAUCACUUUAGUGCUUAUUGGUGAAGUCAGUUUUCUUCACCUUUUUUUCUUCAAAGUAAGGCUAUGUACAGUAUUUGUCUUAUAUUCUUGUGCUUACUUUCCUCAGCCCUAUUCAGUAGCUAGUACAAUAAACUUUUCUCUACCUCACUAGCAAAAAAAUUGAAUAUUUUAUUAUCUGGAAUUAUUAGGUACAUUCAAUAAGUAGAAGGUUGAUGGUGUCACAAAGAACUCCUCUUUCCCCCUCAGCCUACAAAUAAUUGGUAUCCGAAGGUUUAGGUAAUUACUGUGGCUUCUGUAAGCAGUUCCACAGCCUCUGUGCUCUCCCAAGGAAUUCUUGGAGAUCCAUGGGCUAGCUCUGUGUACUCCUCUCCCUAAGUCAUUGCUGUAUCUUGGGCCCUAGUAACCCUUAUUAUCUCUCCUCCCCAUAAAAAGCUUGCGCACUCUCUUGGCAUCCUACUUCCUCUUACAGAGACAGAGGCUACAGAAGACCAGCUGAUUUCUAUGGGCGUAAGGUCUAGAGCCGUAGCCCAUGACCUCUCUCGAACAAGCAGAAUAUUCUAGCUAUAUGCAGUGAAUUCCACUUCUGAGCGAUUUGUAUGUGGAACAGUUUAUUGUGCUUGCUCUGAGUCAACCAGACCUGUCCUGGACCAGCCACCUGGUACCAGCCUCCCCAUCCCUGCCCUACAAAUGUCCAGUGACACCUGAGUGAACGAGAGCCUAACUCCUGGCUGGCACCAAGUUCCCUGGAAAUCGAAGGUCUUUGACAAGCUGGAUCUUAGCAUUUAUUAGUGGAAGGGUAUCUCUGAAUUUUCUGAAGAAAUGUCCCAGUCCAGCUCAGCUUAAUUUGUCUUGGAUAUUUUUGCUCCCUCACAGUCUGAGUCUGUGACUGACUGUUUCUGAGUUUGGGCAUAGACUUCUGAAAGGCUGAGCAAUGACCUAAGCCAGUGGAGGCUCUGCUUCUACCUAGGAGAGCUCAGCUCCAUCUACCAGGAGUAAGCUCCUUGGAGUAAUCUCUGGGCCCUGGGGUUUACAAAGGGAGUAGAUUUUAAUUCCUGUUAGUCACUGAGAAAUUUAGGUGAGAAUGAGAAGCAGGAUAUAAUUCCAUUCUGUAUUUGGUUUAUUG